UACGAUUUUGUGGCGUGAAUGGAGAGGGGUUAACAGGGUUCCUCCCCGCGUACGCAGCAACAGAGUUAACGACGCGAGUCGCUGCCAUCCAAGAUCUGCCGAUGACGUCAGCAACGGGAGCUGCGCAAUCGGAUCUCCCUCGCCCGUUUCGCCACCCGUCUCUCCCCGCAUCUCCCGCCCUCCCCCUGCAUACAUAUCCAUGCAUCCAUCCCCCUCAUGAUCCUCCUUUAAAAAUUGCUCAUCUUCUCUUCCCAAUUCCCAUGCAUGUCGAUAAUCACUGUUUCACAUUACAUAUACUAUACCCCGGCGGCCUGAACCUUUUAGUCAGAAUUUGAGAGAGGGAGGGGCGGGAGUGUGUGUCGGGGUGUGCCCAUGGUGAGCGAGCGAAGAAUGCACGUAAAGCAAGCGCUGCUUGAAAAGCUCUGCUUGCCCACGCCCUCCAUGGCCGCAGCCUACCCUUCCUCGCCCCAGCUGUUCAGCCUCUCCGACCUGGAGAAGCUCUCCGUCCUCGGCCACGGCAGCGGCGGCACCGUCUAUUUAGUCCGCCACCUCCCCACCUCCUCCCUCUUCGCCCUCAAAGUCCUCCACAGCAACAGCAACAGCAGUACCAAUCAUGAGGCCGACGUCCUCGCCCGCGUGGAGGACUGCCCCCACGUCGUCCGCUGCCACGGCGUGCUCGACGUCGCCGGCCUCUGCUGCCUCGUGCUGGAGUACAUGCCCGGCGGCUCCCUCCUCGACGUCCUUCGCGCCCGAGGAAGGCUCUCCGAAGAGCUCAUCGCGUGGGUGGCCAAGUGCGUGCUCCGGGCGCUCCUCCACCUCCACGCCGCCGGCGUCGUGCACGGCGACGUCAAGCCCUCCAACCUCCUCAUAAGCCGGCAGGGGGAGGUCAAGAUCGCCGACUUCGGGGCCAGCCGAUUGGCGACGUCGGAGGAGGCGGCGUGCGAGGAGGGCACGCGCGCGUACAUGAGCCCGGAGCGGCUCGACUCGGAGGGAUUCCAAGGGGAGGCCGGGGGAUUCGCCGGGGACGUGUGGGCCCUCGGGGUGGUGCUGCUGGAGUGCCUCGUGGGGCGGUUGCCCCUCGCGGGACCCGGGAUAACGUGGGCGGUGUGCCUGGGCGGGGGCCCGCAGCUGCAGGUCCCCGAGGGGGAGGCGUCGCCGGAGCUGAGGAGCUUCGUCGGCAGGUGCCUGGAGAGGGAGUGGAGGAGGAGGGCCACGGCGGCCGAGCUCCUCGCCCACCCCUUUGUCGCCAAGUGCGGUGACUGCGCCACCGCCGCAUGGACCCAGAAAUUAAUUUAAUUAAUAACUAGUUCGUUAAUUAACUAGUUGAUAGUGAGGGAUUUUAAUGCACGUACAAUAAGGACGAACGAACAAAGAAUAUGAAAAACAACAAGGUGGGUUCUAAUAAUUUUCUUUUCUUUUCUUUUCUUUUUUUGUUUUCCGUUUCCUCUACAGUUGAAGAGCUGGUACUAAAAAGGACUGACUCAUCAGGAGCUGUAAGAAAACAGUUUUAGCUCACCAUUACUAGGCGAGAAUAAUAUCUAUCCAUUUGACUAUGGUAUUCAAACGUUCUAUUUUCUCC